UCGGCCUAACUUGGUUAUUCGUCAUCGCGUCGCGGAGCGGACGUGAACGUUCCCGGCCGCGUGCUUCUGUGCGACCGAACGGCUGAGCUCAUCACGGACACAAACCGGAUCGGGGGUUUGACAACGGGGGUUUGAUCAAAACUGAUAACCCGGUAGGUUAUUAGCGAUGCGCAAAUAGUCCAUCUGCAUGCCUUUUUUUUUUUUUUUUUACACCGUGCAGGCGAUGCUGUAGCUAAUGCGGUAGGAGGAGGAGGAGGCACUGUCAACGGUUGUUUGUAAAGGCUUGAGCAUCACCGAGAGGGCAGCGGGAGAUAACACCGGAGACGCGGACCCCACAGCACGGCAGCGCGAGGCUAAACGGAGGAGGAUGGAGUUUAAGCAGUUGGUGGAGGCGGCGGAGAAAUGGUGCUCGAGUAACCCUUUCGACCUCAUCUUCGCGGAGGAGGACGACGAAAGGCGGUUGGACUUUUACGCAGAGCCGGGGAUCUCCUUCUACGUGCUCUGCCCCGAUAAUUUGACUGGUGGCACCGACAAUUUCCAUGUAUGGAGUGAGAGUGAGGACUGCCUUCCCUUCCUCCAGUUGGCCCAGGACUACAUCUCCUCCUGUGGGAAGAAAACACUGCUGGAAGUUCUGGAAAAGGUCUUCACUUCCUUCAGACCCCUGUUGGGGCUCCCAGACAUAGACGACGACAGUUUUGAGCAUUACCACGCAGAUGUGGAAGGGGAACCAGGGGCCGACCACCAGCAGAUGGGAGUGAGCCAGCAGUGACGGCCCCACGAAGGGAGCCUGCAGAUGGGCUGUCACCUCUGAGAUAGCCCGGGACAACCCCUCUGACACGCUGGCCCCUUACACUUAUCAAGUAGUUUCAAAACAUUUUUUGCUGAACACAGGCAAAGAAAAACAACUGACAGACAGACGCACACAUAAACACGUACACACACAGACAACACACACACACACACACACACACACACACACACACACACACACACACACACACACA